AUGAGCACGGCAGAUGCCGCAGCUGCUGCUGGCGACGAGACAGGAGGUCACGCAAUGCCAGAGGGCAAGAACGCCAACACCAACGCGACAAUGGAGGAAUCAGGUGGAGGAGAUGAACAACAAGUCGGUGGAGUGUGCCCCCCAACCGCAGUUUAUGUCUCCGCCGCCGAGGAAGCUUCACAAGAGCGCAUCGUCGACGACCAUAAGAGCAAAGAUGCCGCCGCCGAGGCCGGUCGCCACCCAAGCGCCACGUUCGCGGACGCAAAGAGCGUAGGCGACAGCAGUAGCAGUCCUAUGUUGACAUCGCUGCCGCCGUCGCACCGCAUAGGAGCACCACUGCCAUCACCAUCACUAUCAUUACCCCGCCGCAGAAAUGAAGCGGCGAGCCCGUUGGGGGCGACUGCGUCCGCCGCAGCCGCAGCAGAAGCAGCGGCGGCCAAGCUAUUGAAGCAACACCAAGAGCAGCGGGCGUCGGGACUGAUGCCGGCGAACAAACGCCGGCUCCGCAUCUACCCAACGGGGAGAAAUCGCAACAGUAAGUGGGUCACGCGGGAGAUUGCCGCUCUCGACUUUCUCACGGGUCUUAAGAUGCGCAACGAGGCCGCGAUCCUUGCUCAAGGGACUAGCGGCGGCGGCGGCGGCGGCGGCGGCGAAUUUGGCACAUCGGCCGACGAUGAGAGCUCUCCCCCUCUGCUCGACAGCGGCAGUGGCGUUGGUGCGUUGGGGGACCGCAGCCGCCGUGGUGGUGGUGGCUGGGGCUGGGACAUGCAGAACGAGAAAAGCAGCGACGACGACAACAACAACCACGGCGAAGCGGCGGCCGAGGUGGCACGCGGCGCCUAUCCAGCGGCCGAGAGCAGAGCAGGGGCAACAGGGGCUGGUGGAGAGGCGAAAGAAGCGAAAGACAUCGAGGGACGCAGCAGCACCCCGACGGCCGGCGGAGUAACCUUCGCCGGUAACGAGACCAAAAACAACAGCGAUGAUAGCGACUCAGACAACGGGUGGCUGGACCAACCCUUACCGUCUACCGGUCGCGGUGGAGCCAGCAGCGGCCACGUGUCAGCCCACCGCUUGAGGGUUGCAACUACCGGCCGUGGAGGAACGGGGACCUCUGAUGGGAUCGGCGGGGGCGGGGCCAGGGUCUCUGGUGCCGGUUUUCGGAGGCUGAGAGGGCGUGAGGCGGCGCACGUCCGUCUCCCGGCGAACUUCCGGCACAGCAUGCAGGUCCUUCCUGGUCACAGCGCUGCGGUCGUGCGCCAAUGGGAGCAAGGUCUCACGCGGCAGGAUCGCUUGCUGGAAGGGCGGCUCUUUUUCUCAUGCUCGAAGGGUUACCCCCUCAUGGUGUCCUCGGUGAUCCACUACAAGCCGCAGGAGGAGCAGGCCAAGAGGGCCAGGCAGAAACGGAUCGACGAGCGAGGGGCAGAGGCUUUCCAAAUUCCAAGAAGAGAUUGGCGAGGCUUCAGCUACGCGCAUCUGUUGCCGGCUAGCACCUGCGCUCCUGGCGGGGACAGCAGUGUCGGCAGUACCGCAGGCGGCGCUAUUGUAGCCAUCCUCGGGGGCGGUGGAGGUGUUGAAAGCGAACGAGAAGGCACCGUAGGCGGGGGUAGUGUUAGCGGGGCGGGGGGGAUCGGGGACGGAGGAGACGGAGCGGGGAGCGACAAGAUGCCCUAUAAGGCAGGAUUCCUGGACGACCCGGCGUUAAAGGUCGGCAGGCACCGACACAUGACGAAGGGUGACCGAAACACCGGUCCCGUGGUGAGCUCAGUUCUGCUGUUCGUGAAGCCUCGGGUUCUGAAGGACGAGCUCAACGCUCGUUUCCGGGAGGAGCACCCUAUGCUUCCACCGUCCCUCACGCUCAGCAAGAUUCGCUCCGUCAAGAGGCAGGCUCUGCUCGGGUGCUAUCGAGCGGGCAUGGAGGUUUCCACCGUCGCUUUGGCCUGCAUCUACUUCGAGAGGCUCUGCCUCGCCGGGGUGGUGACCAAGCCCAACCGACGCCUGGCGAUGGCGGCGUGCCUGGCGAUAGCCUACAAGUUUAACGAGGCCAUGCUGGAGGGGGUGAGCAAGCUACCGGCACUGUGGGCCUUCAUCGAUCAAGAGUGGCAGGUAAGCAAGAAACGCGUGCUAGAGGCAGAGUUCGGCGUCCUCGUCCAGCUGUCGUUCGACUUGCACGAAGACCCGAGGGACAUCUUCCACCACUUCGUGCUGCUCCUCAAGAUGGUUGAGUCGAACGCCACCUUGUACCUUGGGGAGGAAAUGAUGGGCCUCCACCAGGAAUCGCUCGAAACCUUCUUCCGAGAAGGCACCAACGAGGACGGCGCCAGAACGGUCAGUGGCGCCACCGCCGCUGCCGCCGCAACGGCCGGCGUGGACCAGGAUUCCCCGGGGGGCGGGCGACCCGUAUCGGACAACGGCGCCGCAGGCGCGGACGCAGCGGGCCGUCCUCGCGUGCACACUUCGCAGAGGUCCCCGUUCUUGGAAACGCCCGCUUGGCUCCAGCGUAGACCCACGAACAGGACCCGCUGGCUCGCCGGCUGGAGAGCAGGCUUCGCGCAGGACGAUCCGGGAACCGGUGCCAGAAAGCAACCCCUCCAUGCUCCCGCGCCCGCGGCGGGAGAUGCAGCCGAUCGGUGGUCGAAGGCUGGCCCGACCGCGAAGCUGGAAAAGCUGAGGCAGGCUGGGCAGGGGUUGGGGAAGGUGACGAGACAGCGGAGCCAGCGGCUGAACAAGGACGUCAGGAGCGGAGUGUCGUCGUUGCUGGCCCACGGAAUCUCUUCCACUCGGCGGGGGCAGAGGCGUCGACGCAUGGAGUCCUGACGAAGCUUUCGGGUGGCCAGUUGUGCCCCCGCGGGGAGGGGCCGGGCAUCGAUUUUUCAUAUGAACACAGAAGGCGAACAGGUGUAGCAUGAGUGGUUGGAUCACUUGGACGUGUGGUUUGAUUUUUACCGAAGGAAACAGGCGCGCAAAGCAAAUCGCUUUUCGAUGAGACGUGGUUUGUUGGAGGGGGGAUUGAAUGGGGUGAGGUAUGGGCAUGGUUUUGCUGACAUACACGUGCCAGUGGAAGACAGGACAUGUCCAGAAUGCGCUUUUUGAUUGCAGCGCUGCUUGCUGAGUGCGAUUCUCCGUCGUUCGAGCGGCCUCAGCUGCCGCGCAAUAAUGCUUGGACUUGAUUACACAGAACGGGUCUGGAGAUAAGAAAUGUAGCAAUUGGGUCGAGGCUCAGUUUCUUAUUUCAUCGCCACUCUCGACCACAGACAAGUUGUUUGUACCUGUGUUUAGCCUAGGAUCCACCGCUAAGCUGUGCUUCUU